CAGGAUGUAGAAAGAAAUUUGUCAACUGAUAACACGCGAUCUCUGACAUGUAUUACGUAAUACAUGGGUAUAUUAGCGUUCAUGAGAUAGUAAUCAAAAUGUGACUUCAUUCAUCGAUGGCUAUCGGUGAUAGUGAUUGAUAUACACACAACAUUACAAACAUUGUCACAAUUUUGAGGUUUAUCGUUGGAAUUUUGUGUCGUAUCAGUUCAAAUGAUCGUUUAUAUCUAAACAAUUUUUAAUGAACAGAUUGAUGGAAUUUGACAUUGUCAUCCAAUUUGGGCUCAAAUUAAAAUUUUAGCUCAAGCUACUACAGCAAUCUACUACUCACGCUAUCAAGGUUUCAACAACACGAGAGUGAUUGACGAUGGGACUGCUGAGCGAAGGAAGUCCAUUGAGCUGGGAGGAGACGAAAGCCCUGUCACAGCAUGUACGAGAGCAUGGAAUCGAACAGUUUAUCAACCUGUAUGCACGACUCAAAGAUCGCCAGGAUGAUUGUCUGAAGUGGGGUGACGAGGUAGAAUAUGUUAUUGUGCGAUUUGAUGAUGAAAAUCGUGAGACGAAAGUGUCUCUAAGGGCGCGUGAAAUGCUUGCUGUACUUAACGAGAAAGAAGCUGCCGAUCCGAAAGGUGUGAAAUCGCUUUGGAGGCCGGAGUACGGUGCCUACAUGAUAGAAGGUACUCCUGGUAAACCGUACGGAGGUCUAUUGGCUCAUUUCAAUGUCGUAGAAGCAAAUAUGCGUUAUCGUCGCACGGAAGUUACGGAAAUGCUGCCACCAGGAGAACAUGUUAUGUCAAUCACCAACUAUCCAAGGCUAGGCUGUCCCAAUUUUACUUAUCCUAUAGCAAAGCCUACGCCUGAUGACGAAAGCUGCGCUGCACGAUCUCUUUUUUUCCCCGAUGAGGCUAUUUUUCCGGGUCAUCCCCGUUUCAAGACACUGACUCGGAAUAUUCGUCAACGACGAGGUGAAAAGGUUUCCAUCAAUUUACCAAUUUUUCGAGAUAAAAACACCGUUGUUCCCGUCGAUGGUAGUUUACCAGAUAAACCGGACUAUGUGCACAUGGAUGCAAUGGGUUUUGGAAUGGGGUGUUGUUGCUUACAGGUAACAUUCCAGGCUUGCAACAUUACUGAAGCACGUACCUUGUACGAUCAAUUGACUCCGAUGUGUCCCAUCAUGCUUGCUCUAACGGCGGCUAGUCCAGCUUAUCGAGGCUAUCUAACCGAUGUGGACUGUCGUUGGAAUGUUAUUUCUGCAUCCGUCGACUGUCGAACCAAGGAGGAACGUGGCGAGCUCCCGUUGAAGAACGACCGAUUCCGAAUAAAUAAAUCGCGGUAUGAUUCCAUUGACUCUUAUCUGUCACCGGCGGGUGAAAAAUACAACGAUGUUCCUUUAGUGCUAGAUGAAGCGUUAUACAAACGGCUGCGUGAUGGUGACAUUGAUCAUCUCUUGGCUCAGCACAUUGCUCAUCUAUUUAUUCGGGACUCGGUUUCAUUGUUUAGCGAAAAGGUUCACCAAAAUGACGAAGAAGAUACCGAUCACUUUGAGAACAUUCAAUCGACAAACUGGCAGACAAUGAGAUUUAAGCCGCCUCCUCCGAACUCACCAAUCGGUUGGCGCGUUGAGUUCCGUCCGUGCGAGGCACAGUUGACCGAUUUCGAGAAUGCUGCCAUUGUUUGCUUUGUCGUAUUGUUGACUAGAGUGAUUCUAUCCUAUAAACUAGAUUUUCUGAUUCCCAUCAGCAAAGUGGACGAAAACAUGCAAAAUUCCCAAAAACGUGGGGCUUUGCUGACGAAAAAGUUUUGGUUCAGAAAGAACAUUUCCGGAUUCCCGACGACUGCAGCAGCUACGAACGACGAAAUGAGUACGAACAACGAAAUGAACAAUCAUAGCGCUGAUGAAACCCCAAAUGGAAGUAGCAACACGGACGAUGAAUAUGAGUUGAUGACGAUUGAUCAGAUUAUCAAUGGAAAAGGGUGUUUCCCCGGGCUGGUGCCUCUGAUCAACAGCUACCUCGGUUCUAUGGAUGUUGAUGCCGACACUCAUUGUACCAUUCAGCAGUACCUGAAAUUGAUUCAGAAGCGAGCCUCAGGAGAGCUACUGACGACAGCUUCCUGGAUUAGAAAACAGAUUACGGAACACGAAGAGUACAAACACGAUUCAGUAGUGAGUGAACACAUCUGCUAUGACUUACUGACCAAAGCUAAGAACAUUCAGGAUGGAGUUCUGCCAUGUCCGGAAUUACUCGGCACUAAUAUCAGUUCCAAAACGGCAGACCACAUUCCGCCAGCCAUUGCGAAGCAUCUGACCAAACGAUGCUAAAACACCAAACCGGUUUCAAUCGGUACGGACGGAUUGCACGUUAUGCAUUUAGAAAUGUUGUUCUGCAAGGAAUCUAUUUGGCUAGCAUAAAACCGCAUGAUGCAACGGCCCUCCGAUCAGUGGCAGUUGUUCCAUUGUUUUUUAUGUACUUUUUACAACGAUACUAUAUAUAUUUGUAGAAGUUUUGAUCAGCUUUUUUUCACAACUUCAACGCCGGGAAGAUCAAAUCGUGUUAUAUAUAUUUUAAAAGAUUUUUUCAACUGUGUAUAAUUUAUUCUUAUUUUUUCCAAUAGAAUCAAACCGAUGAUUUCACGCAGUAUACUCUUUUGCGGGCCAGAAUAACUGUAGUAUUCCAGAGUUAUAUAAGAAUAAAAGAUUCGAAAAAUAAACCAUUGCAAUUUUAA